AUGAGCGCAAACGUGACGAUUGUCCCGUCCGACUUGCCCAACAGCUUGAACUUGUCGCCUCACUUGUCGGCCCACAAGUAUUUCUAUGUCUGCACCCUGACGGUCGCGGCAUGGGACUCGCUCGUGUUGAGCCCCAGGACGUACAAGCUUUGGAAGACCGAGGGGUGGCCGGUGCUCAAGUCUAUAUUCUUCUUACUUAGGCUGCUUAUGCCUGCGGAGUUCGUGAUUGUUGGCGUCGCAUUCUUCGACACGGACUUCACCCAAACCAUGUGCAACCGCUUCUACCUCUUCGAGCCGAUCACGACGGCCAUCCUCCUCGCCUGCUGCUCCUUCGUCCACGUCCUCCGUGUCUACGCCAUCCACGACCAAAACAGGACGAUCCUCGGCAUAAUGUCAGCCCUGCUUGCCGUCCAAAUCGUCGUGACAGGCAUCUGCUGCGGCUUCUACCGCUCUGUCCCACUCCUCGACGGCCAAGGAUGUAUCGCCGGCCCCAAGGCCAACUGGGUCGGCAUCUACUGGCUCUCGACGACUCUGGUGUACACUGCGUCGCUGUUUUUCGCGACUAGUCGCUCGAUCCAGUCGCUGCAGAUGAAGCCCAUCAGCGCGUGGAAGCUCAUGCUUCGCGAUGGGCUCAACUUGUACGGGGCUAUCUGGGUCGUGAACAUGGUCAACAUGCUCUUCUGGUUCAUCGUCAAGCCGACCGACACGUCCGACACCAUCAAGACGACCGUCACCUCCAUGACCGCCGUGCUCACCGUGACGAUGACGCUCCGCAUCAUCCUCGCCGUCCGCGGCGGGCUCGCGCGCGGCGGCACGUUCGCGGGCGCAUGGUCCACCUCCUCCGGCACGCACUCCCACUCCCACUCGCGCGGCACCGCCACGAACCCCGCGCCAGGCAGCGUGUUGCACAUCCAGAGCGGCUCGGCGCCGACGUAUACGAUCGACGGGCUGAACGGGAAGAAGCAGCCUGGGUGGCCGGAGCCGAUGCAGGGCGGGAAGGCGCUGGAGAGUAAGGAGGGGAGGAUGUUGGGCGAGGAGGGGCAGGAGUUUGAGGGGGAGAGGGAGAGGCCGGUCGCUUGCUCUUACUCUUCAUCCUCCCGCGGAGCAUUGACCGCCCCGCCGCCUACUUCAUCCUACCAGCGCAUACCUCGAGAUACCUCCCCUCAUAUCGACCCACCCAGAACGACUGAUACGAUGUCUCUAUCGACGCUUUUGGGCCUCGGGGUUGGCACAAACAUGCUCCUUGGCGUUGCACAGUAUCAGGCACAACGUUCGACUUCUGAACCGUGGCGGGGAUCGCGCCGCUAUGAUCCUUACGCUGGUGCCCGGAAGAAGUCGACUAAGAGGAGAGCGAAGGUGGACGACAAUGAUCCUAUGAUGGACUGGGGAGGCCUGUCCUCGGAGGGUCGGGCCAAGUAUAUGGUCACAGCGGUGGACGCGUCCGUAUAUCACUCGUUUCGGAAUGGGACUACCCAUGAUAGUGAUGGCCCACGACAGCAGAGUUCGAGUUCGAGUUCACAAUCACAGUCGCAGUCGCGUGCUCCGCGUUCCCAUGUAGUCACGGACACCACGGCCCUGCUCACGCAAACUAUCUUUCGUACAUUCGUCGAGCGCGUAAAAGAGCGCAAGACCGCGUUCAAUGUUGCCAGGCUCACGCUCACGCAUCGCUCUUCUCAGUCGACGCAGAGAGAUCAAGUGCGGCUGCUCAUUUCAACGCAUACCGGAUGGGCACAAGAGCCGCUCGAGCUCGUCGUCACGGACAAGCACGACUCUAUGGACAUCGUCGAUAUCGUACAGACGAUCUUCGAUUCGCUUCGCUCGGUGGCGGAGUGCAGGAUCAAAGAGCUCGAGAUCGUCAUGCCUUGCCUUGAGUCCUGUGCGGUGGACGACCACCAUUGCGGAUCCGAUGUGUCCGGGAUGGGUCUCGAGCGGGCGUUCGAGCUUUGCUCGGAGGUGAAGCACCUCGAGCUACGCGGUCCUGCUGUUCGAGCGUGCCAUCUUGUCGUGGACGGUGCUCUCCCGCUGCUGAGGACCCUCGUGAUCAAGGACAAGUACGCGUCCGAGGAAAAGCUGGAGAAGCUGAGGGUGUUCGUUGAGCUGGAGCGUCCUUACUUGGCUUGGAAGACGGAGACGGCGAAGGAAGAGGCGGAGGAGGACAGCAACCCGUCGGCAUAUCAGCGUUGGAGCAGGAAAGGCUCUGCUUACGACCACCUCUUCAUAGGCACCGAAGCAUUUAAAAUGGCCAAGCAAGCGCUCGCAAACAGAGCUGCUGCUGGAGAGCUGAGUCCGACUUUGUCGGAGCGAGAUGACUCCCCGACUCCACUAGAUCUUGAAUGA